AGUAUUUAUAGAAUAACCAAAGAGAAAGAAAUUCAAUCUUCAGCAUAUCAACAACUCUCAUAAUCUAGCUGAAAAUUAUGUCAAAAUCAUCCUCCUCUUCUUCCUCUACCACACCAAAAGAAACACAUGAAGUGUUUCUUAGUUUCAGAGGCGACGAUACUCGCAAGAAAUUCACAAGCCAUCUCAAUACUGCACUAAGAAGGUUAGAUAUAAAGACCUAUAUCGACGACAAUCUUGAAAGAGGAGAUGAAAUAUCACAAGCGCUUCUCAAGGCGAUCGAGGAAGCAAAACUAUCUGUGAUAGUUUUCUCGAAGAACUACGCGAAUUCAAAAUGGUGUUUGGAUGAAGUUGUGAAGAUACUUGAGUGUAGAAAGAAUAACAGGCAAGUUAUUUUGCCUGUUUUCUAUGAAGUUGAUCCUUUCCAUGUUCGACAUCAAAGGGGAAGCUAUGCUGAAGCAUUCGCCAAACAUGAAGAACGUUACGCAAAUAAAAUGAACAUGGUGCAAAAAUGGAGAGAUGCUUUGGGUGAAGCAGCCAAUACUUCAGGAUGGGAUUCCUUGUCCAACAUCAACAGGACAGAAUCUGAACUUGUUGAGGAAAUCGCAAAGGAUGUUCUGCAAAAGCUAAAUCAUGUUGAUGUUAGUGAUCUAGACAAACAGAUUACGAAGUUAGAGCAACUUGCACAACUUCAGCUUCAAUAUUAUAAAAGCGUAGGGAAUUACAGGAAUGAAGAAAUUUACGAGGCAACAGUUGAACGCGUAACAGAACUUAAAAUGAAAAGAAGCAUUCGAAUGCUUCGUUUGGAACCAGAGAUGAUUUCAUACAUGGAAGGUUCAGAAGCUUAUGAAAGAUUUUUUUAGUUGUAUGGUGCUGAGAUCGUUUUAUGUUUUAGUUGUAUUGUGAAAUGUAUGAAACUAUGAAGUGGUUGUUAUGUUUUUUUCUUUAACAUCAUAUGGAAUUAUGAAAAUAAAUUUUUUUCAUUGCAUUGAUCAAGGAUUCAAUAUAACGGAUGGCAAAUGGUUGGUAAUAGAUAUUAAGUAAAACCAUUUUUAAAUAGUUGGACAUUUUGUUAAGUUUGUGCUGUUAAAGUAUGUUUCUGUCUAUGUUGUAAUGACAUGUUAAUAAUUGAAUGAUUGUAAGU